AUGGAGGCAGACAUAUUCGACUGUGCCAAGGCUCCAGAGAUGGAAGAGCUCUUCUCCGGAGAGAAGAGGAAGUUGAUUCAACCGACCGCUUUGAAAGAUCCAAAGCUGACAGAGCUCAAAGAGGCCCUGGUGGACUGGAUCAAUAGCACUCUGAAAGCGGAGCACAUUGUGGUCCAGAGUUUGGAGGAGGAUAUGUUUGACGGCCUGGUCCUGCAUCACCUGCUGAUGCGUUUGGCCGGAGUGCAGCUGGACGUGGAGGAGAUGGCCCUGACCUCCGCUGCUCAGACCCACAAACUGGAGCUGGUCCUGGGACAGCUGCAGCAGCACUUGGGCCUGGACGAGGACCAGACCAAGUGGAGCAUCCACCUCAUCCACCACAAAGACCUGCUGGCCACGGUUCAUCUGCUCGUUGCCAUGGUGAGGCGGUUCCAGCCGGAGCUCGAGCUGCCGCCGGGGGUGGAGGUUGAGGUGGUGGUGGUGGAGGUCAGCAAGAGCGGGAUUAAGUCGGAGACGCAGAGAGAGGUGUUGACGGAGAAGAGGAGCGAAGGCGCAGACUCCCUGAGCGCUCCUGAGAGGGACCACCCCAUCGAUCACCUCCUCCGGCUGGACUCUGCCAAGGUCACCACCGUCAAACAGGCUGUUUUGCACUUUGUCAACAAGAAUAUGUCGUCUCUGGGUCUGCAGGUGGCUGAUAUGGACCGACAGUUUGCUGAUGGGGUAAUCCUGCUGCUGCUGAUUGGACAGUUAGAGGGAUACUUCGUCCCACUUUACCACUUUUACCUGACUCCGUCCCAUCGCUCGGAAAUGCUCCAUAAUGUGACUGUGGCGCUGGACUUCCUCAGUCACGCUGGAAUGGAAGUGUCCAGCAUUUCUCCACAAGCGAAGGGAGGUGGGAGAACAAUCUAUACCACCGCUUAA